AUGUUACCAAAUCCCAUGAAAUCCGAUUCACCAGACGAUCAUAAGAUCCCGAUUGUAGCUACAUCACAAGAUGAUAUUGAGAUCCCGAUUGUAGCUUCAUCACAAGAUGAUAUUGAUGAAGCGUUUAAACAAAUAAAAGAAUCGAAUUUGGAAUAUUUAUUAGGAUCAGAUGGAAAGUUUAUAAAACAAAAUAAAAUUUAUGAUUGGCUUAAAUUAAAUGAGAAUGAUGAUAAAUUAGUGGAUAAUAUCCGAAUGAAAAGUAUUCGCCCACUGUACGAAAUUCUUGAAGAAGAAUUGCGACAUCAAGUUGAUGUAGUUUGGAAGAAUAGAUUAGAUGACAGAAUAUUGUUAACAGGUUUCACUAACAUUAGUGAAGAUAACCUUACUGAGGCACGUAAAGAUAACCUUACUGAGGCACAUAUUCGUAUUAAUUUUAAAGAUCGUUUAGAUGAUAAUUGCUUUCAUGUUUUUGGACAUGUUGUCAAUGAUGAUCAUGAUAAGAUAGAAGGAAUAGUUGUGAGAUUUGAUUUGUUUGAUUAUUAUGGAUUCUCUGCAUUUGUUACUUUUAAUCAAAGUGUAACAAAGAAUAUAAAAGAAUGCCUGGACCAUUGGGGAUUUUCAGCACAAGUUGACUCUAACAAUCUUAUUCAUAUAUCCUUGUCGGCUACAAAGAUGACCAAAAAUCAUAUUGUUUUGUUGAUUGCAACACACGAUAUACCUUUCAACGAUCCACCAACACUAAGCUUUAAUGUACAAGAAUGGUCAGAAAAUGUUCUUUGUCUGAAA